AUAUUCCUGACAACAGUGGCAAGGAAUUCGUCAUCGGUUUUAUGGACAAUUUUGGCAUCGAAAGUUUGAACUUAUUUCUCACCACCAACAAUCCUGACACAGUUCAAGUCAAUAUCACUGCCCAUCCCAACCUGUUAAACCUUCUUCCACUUCAAAGCAGAACGGCAAACGUAAGCCGUGGCUCAGUUACGAAGGUUGAGAUCCCAAUAAGCUUUGCCAUGAAGACCACAUACACACAGUUUAAAGGUUUGCUUUUAUCCUCAGAUGACGAAUUCAUAGUGUACGGUUCCAACGCUAUGUCAUCAAGUUUGGAUGCGUUUCUAGCCUUACCAGUUUAUACUUUGGGGCAGGAGUACAUCACAGGCAGUUAUGAAGUCUGUUUAGGUGCUCAUCCUGCACUUGUAGGACUGAUUGGGAUUCAAAAUAGUACACAUAUAGAAAUAACUCCUCCUCCGGGCAAAAGUAUAUUUGUUAUGGGUAGCACAGUAAGUUCCAAAACACAAGUUAUUCUGAACAGACUUGAGACCAUUCAAAUCCAAUCUUACAGUGACAUCACGGGCACUAUAAUCAAUUCAUCAAAACCACUAGCAGUAAUGUCAGGUAAUAAGUGCACCGAAGUGCCCUGUGGAGUAGUUGCCUGUGAUCAUUUGGUGGAACAGAUGUAUCCAAUCGAUAGAUGGGGCUAUACGUACACAGUUGUUCCAUCAGCUUACCGACAAAGUGGGGACAUUAUCCGUGUUGUAGGCAGCAGUGAUGACACCGUGGUCGACAUAACGGGUGUGCCGCGUUUAGUUCUUCAUAAAUCCGAGUUCUAUGAAUUCAAAGUAUUGAAGAAGGCACCUGUGUUUGUCAAUGCCAGUAAGCCGGUAAUGGUGCUGCAGUUUUCUCAGAGCCAAAACACGGAUGGUCUAGAAAGUGAUCCUUAUAUGAUGGUUGUGCCUGCCAUAGAACAAUUCUCAUCUAGUUACACCAUCGCUACCGCCAAUCUUCCUGACAAAGUUUACAUAAACUUUGUCAAUAUAGUCACCAAGAACAGUUCUAAAGAAGGCCUCAGAGUUGAUGGAGCCGCUCUCAAUGGUAUUACAUGGUUAGCCAUUCCCGGAACAGACUUUACUGCUGUUCAGCUGAACGUCACUGCGGGCACACAUCGCAUAGAACACAUUUCUCCUAUUCAGACUUUCUCGGUAUUCUCCUACGGGUUUGCAAGUUAUGUUUCUUAUGGCUAUCCAGGAGGACUGAGACUGGCAAACCUGGACUUGACUAAAUGUCUGCCGAAUCCUGGUCAACCAGCAGAUGGCGUUGAUAACGACUGUGACAUGAAAAUUGACGAAGAACUGUUUAAUGGUAUUGAUGAUGACAACGAUGGCGUAAUUGAUGAGGAUUUGUCCUCCCUACCGCCGGAGGUGGACUUUCCAAAAGAUACUGUCAUCGUGUCAGGUAAUGCGACACUAAUCCAUAACCUAGCGAAUGAAGCUGGCACCCCAAAUGCGACUGCAUCUGAGCGCUGUGUUGCCUAUCGCGAUAUCACCAUCAACUUCACAGAUUCGACCAAUGACAAUGGCUGUGGGAUGGACAUAGAGCGCACGUGGUUCGUUCAAGACGGGUGUGGGAACAUCGUAAAGGCGACUCAGAACGUGUCUGUGUACAGCUCGUGGAAAGCCUUCCGGGCAGAUCCGUUAUUCAAUUGUAUGGAUGUGCUGCAGAGAGUUGGCUGCAACGAGAGCACAGAAGGCAAGUUUAAGGCUUUUAAAAUCAAGUUAACGUGAUACAACUUGUGCAGAUAUGAUAAAAAUCGAGGUAAAGACAAUAUAUUUCAAGUAAAAUUCAGGUUGCAAUGGCAUAAAUUAUAAUCAACUAUUGCUGAUAUUA